AUGUGGAGUAUAGUUACUGGCAGUGAUGUUUCAUUGGCCAUCGAAUCAGUUAAAACAACAACUACAUCAGAUGAAUUAAUUGUUACGAAAGGAAUGAAUUUUACAUAUGUUAAUCAAGAUCUAUUUGAGGCAUUUUUCACAUUUGGAGAUGACAGAAAUGGACAUUGGUAUUCGAAGUUAUUUGGAGAUGAACGAAGUGGUAAGAAUGACCAUACUGACUUUGUAUUACACUAG